AUGGGUGGUGUCCAUUCCUGCAUGGUGGCUUCGUUGUACCCUGAGCCUGUGGCUUGCUCUCCCAUGCUUACCCCGAGGUCGGCGGCGGUGGCCUUCUGUCAGGGUGCCCUGCAACAAGCCUGGGAGCCGCUGUCGCUGACCUCAGCAGCCAUCACACCCACUGUGAACAUCCCCAAAGACCUGUGCCUGUCGGGUCGUACUUUGCCCCCACAGACCUCGCCCCCUUCUACCGACCAGUCGAUGAUCAGGCUGGACUCCCUGCUGGGGGAUCGGCUGGCGUUGGGAACACUGGGUCACGAGGCCCCUGAGCAGCCCUUCUAUCCCGAAGACUUCGAGUCGGAGGCUGGGGUCUUGUGGCGGUGGUACUUGUUGGAAAGCAAGGCGCAGGCCCAAAAGCAGUUGCAACAAGUGCUGGAGAGAUACACAGAUGUGAAGAAAUUUCCCAGACCAAAACGACCGGACGCCGCUGUCUUCGUGGCUGCACGCGAUGACGCCUACGUCUCCCCUGAUUCGGUGCUGGAGGUUCACAGAUACUGGGAGGGCUCGGAGAUGCGGUGGGUCCCAGGAGGGCACGUCUCCUCGUUCUUGUUCCAAACUGAAGCGUUCUGUGGGGCCAUCAAAGACUCGGUGCGAAGAGUGGCGCAAGGGGCCAAGCAGCUCAAGGUCGGGUCGCAAAUGUCCUCUACAUUUCGGAGGCUGACAGAGGCUCAACCAGCCUGA